AUGGCCAAGUUAGGUGGGACAAAGUUUACUUGGGUGAUAAAGAACUUUUCCUCUUUGCAAUCUAAAACCCCUUAUUCUAGUGAUAUUCAUGAGAUUGGUACUAGUGGCGACAACUGUUUCAUUGGAGCUGUUCGAAGUGGAGUAAGUCUAGAGGACUUGACUGUGAAAAUUACUUACGGUCUAGCUUUGCCUAUUGAACAAACAAGAUAUGUUAAGUAUCGCCUAAUUAUAGUGAAUCAACUUUCCGGAGAGCUUUCCAUAAUAAGAGAAGGAAUGCACUGCUUUUAUCCGUCGACUAUGGUGCAUUCUUUUACAACUGUGUUUUUAUUUUCAAAGUUUCAUGACAAAGAUGGUGGAUUCCUAGUAAAUGAUGAAGUUACGACUGUUGUUGGGGUUGGUGUUCUUGACGAUGUACCAGUGACCAAACCUCUGACUUCAACAAUAAUGGGAAGCAUUAAUGUCAAUGGAUUUCAAGUUUUUCCUUCACAGGUAGACUCUUUGAAGCGUAUAUUUGAAAAGCACCCUGACAUUGCAGAUGAGUUUCAUGCAAAGAACCAACAUCUAAGGAGCGCAUGCAUGAGUUCCCUUCUUGGGUUGAUUGAGACUUUGUGCCAAUCACUUCAAGAACUAUCCAAUGAAGAUCUUGUUGAAGCAGGCAUUGCACUGAAAUAUGUGAAAGAUGCAGGAUUUAAGGUUGAUUGGCUGGAGAAGAAUCUGGAUCAAAUGAAAGCGAAAAAGAUGAAAGAGCUUUCAGAUUUGGCCACGCUCCAAGAAACUGAGGAAAAAGUUCUGAGUCUGAAGAGAAAGUUCGAAGAGCUUGAUGCUCUUGCAGAGGAGCAGAAGAAAAAGUUGUCAGCCAUCAGAACUCCUCUGUCAUUCGAUGAUCUUGUUUGA